CUGAACCGCAGCGACAGGAUAAACGUUGCGAGCACAGUCGUGUUUGGGAGUGCGAUUCUUUGCAUGCCCAAGCUGCAAACGUCUAUUCUUCUCGAACCAUCCAUUAAUGAAAUCGCUUUCGAUACUUCAGCUUGGUCGAUUUCACCGGCUGCUCCUGGUAAGGCCAAAACGAAGCUUCUGCAAGCACUCAAUUUCUUCCUCGAAUGCUCUACUCCUGCAGACCAAACCCUGCCGCCCAUUGCCCGAUCUUUUCACACUUGAAACAAUGCACUCAGUUCCACGCGCAGAUGAUUGUGAAUGGUGUUCUUUUUCCUUCUUCACUUGCCAAUCUUCUAGCCUUCCUGGUAGACCCUGAUCAUGGCGAUUAUAGUUAUGGGCUUCUUCUGUUUAGACAAGUUCAAAAUGCUAGCAGCACCUACUUGUGGAAUACGAUUAUACGAGGUUCGUCCAGGAACGGAAGGCCGACUACAUCGAUUGAUCUGUAUGGCGAGCUCAGGGUGAAGGGCCUUCGUCCCGACUCACACACAUUCUCCUUCCUGUUCAAGGCUUGUGCUCUGGCCUUGGACUUACAGUUUGGGAAGAGGGGACAUGGUGAAGCCAUUCGCUUUGGCUUCGAGUCGGAUACCUUCAUUGCGGAUUCUUUGAUCCAUAUGUAUUCAGUAUUUGGUCGUCUUGAUGAUGCCAAGAGAGUCUUUGAUGGGAUGGUUGCUAAAAGUGUUGCAUCUUGGACUUCAUUAGUGGGCGUGUAUGCUAAGGUUGGUUUGGUUGACGAUGCUCGGCGACUGUUUGAUGAAAUGCCUGAGAGGAAUGUCGUUUCAUGGACCACCAUGAUACGGGGGUAUUCUGAGUGCAAUCGAGAAAUGGAGGCUAUGUUUUGCUUUAGAGAGAUGAUGUCAGUGGGUGUUAAGCCGGAUUCUGUUGCUCUUUUAUCACUGCUGCGUAUGUGCGCUCGUUUGCAAAAUUUGGACCUCGGAAAAUGGGUUCAUCAGUUUGCGUAUAAAGAAGGCAUAGAAAUGAAUGAUCGCUUGGCUGUUUCUGUAAUAGAUAUGUAUUCAAAGUGUGAAGAUGUUUACUCUGCAAGAAGAGUGUUUAAUGACAUGCCUCGAAAGAACUUGGUUGCUUGCAAUUCCAUCAUAGAUGGAUAUUGCAAAGAGGGUAAGGUGGAAGAUGCACGCCUGCUUUUCGACCAGAUGCCAACUAAAGAUCUCAUCUCAUUCAAUUCGAUGAUAGCGGGUCACGUACAAUCUGGUCAGUACAAGGAAGCAUGGACUCUGUUCUGCGAUCUGCGUGUGACGAAUUUGAAACCAGACAGUUAUACGAUGGUUAGCUUACUCUCUGCUUGUGCAAACAUGGGUGCCCUUGACGCGGGAAAAAUCAUCCACUCAUUCAUCAUAGUUAAUUUGAUCGAAACAGAUGUGUUCUUGGGAACUUCGCUGUUGGAUAUGUAUGCCAAAUGCGGGAGGAUACAUGAAGCUAUGCUUGUCUUUGGUUCCAUGACCCAGAAGGAUGUGUUGGCAUGGACGGCGAUCAUUUCAGGACUUGCAAUGCAUGGCAGACCCAAGACUGCACUUGAUCACUUUGCUAAGAUGCAGAGAGCAGGUAUCAAGCCAAAUGAUAUCACACUUGUUGGUGUUUUAACCGCCUGUAGUCAUGGAGGACUUGUUGAGGAAGGUCGUCUGCAUUUUAAACAGAUGCAAGAUACUUAUCUGUUGACACCAAAAGUUGAGCACUAUGGUUGCAUGGUUGAUCUUCUUGGCCGUGCUGGACGCCUGAAGGAGGCAGAAGAGCUAAUAACCAGUAUGCCAAUGGAGCCUGAUGCCAUAAUUUGGGCUUCCCUGUUGGCUGCCUGUAGAACACACAAUAAUGUUUUCUUAGCAGAGAUGGCAGCAAAGAAGCUGCUAGACUUGGAACCUCACAAAGAUGCUAUUUAUGUGAUCUUGUACAAUAUAUAUGCAAGCAUGGGGAAAUGGUAUGAUGCUUCAAAAACCAGAGAGAGGAUGGAAAAUGCAGGGAUCAAGAAGGAAUGUGGCCGUAGCUCGAUCAUGGUGCAUGGUGGAGUGCAUGAGUUCAUCGCUGGGGAUAAAACUCAUCCUCGAUUUGAACAAAUCCAGGCGAUGAUCAGUGAAAUAUCAAGGCAGCUGAUGGUUGCUGGCUAUGUUCCGAUAACGUCGGAUGUUCUUCUUGACAUUGAUGAUGAAGAAAAGGAACAUGCCCUGUUCUUUCACAGCGAGAAGAUGGCUGUUGCCUUCGGGCUUAUAAGUCUACCUGCCAAUGUGCCUAUUCACAUCAUGAAGAACCUGAGGGUCUGCCGCGAUUGCCAUUCAGCUCUCAAAAGCAUUGCUAAGGUUUACAACAGAGAGAUCAUCAUCAGAGAUCGCAGCAGAUUUCAUCACUUCAGAGGUGGCCUGUGUUCAUGCAAUGAUUAUUGGUGAACAAGUUCAACAAGCGCUACUCAUAUAAAUCAACAAUAAACAAGUCCAAUUCAACCUCAGGGUGCAGUUGUUCCUGAAAUCAAUGACACCCUUUCAAACCGGGGCAAAAAAAGUUCACCUUUGCCCUUAAUGCGAAGGGAAAACCUUCCAAUGAGAGGGAAUUCAAGUUAUUUUCCUCACCUUCCUACAAUAUUUAUUUUUUUUUCACCUGCUCCCCUCCACGCAGAAAAGAUCUGGUUUUUCCUUUCAGAGCGAGCUCCACCCUCCUCUCCGUGCAGUAAAGCUUUAUGUUUCCAAAGCUUCGCUAGAACUACGUCUUUGCAUCUCCAUCCAGUAGGCUUGGUGAGUAGGUGGGACAUUUUUCACUUUGGUUGAAGAAAGUUUUCCUCUUCACUGCCUUUUCGAACACGGGAUGCUUUUAUCUAUGAUAAUCUCACUUUCUUUGUCAUUUUUAUAUGAAGAAGCGAGAAGAAAAAAGGGUUAUAAGGGCCCUUCGACAAUGUGCCGGUAAUAAACCGUUCCACGAUUGUCAUUUUCAAUUUUUUAUUUCUUUCUGCCAUGGUGGUAUGAUCCAUGAUAGAGGGCAGCUGGAUGGUUUUUCCUGUCGUCAAACACAACGGACAGGAGAAAUCUUCUUCCCAAGGUAGGUAGUGCUAAUACAGGUUGAAAGAAUAUGAGUACUGCGCUGCUCUCAAAUACAAUUUUAUUUUGUAAA